AUGUUCCCAGACGAAGGGGGCGGAAGUUCUGACUCUAGGUCGGACAGCAGCGAAGACGAGGUGACGGAACACGUGACCCCAACACCAACCAUGGCCGCUGCCAGGGCACAGGUGCCAACGAUAAGCGUAACGCCACACAGUCCAGGCGUUCUCGACGACAGCCUCCAACAGUUGCGCCGGUUACAUGCGGCGGUACAGCGCAUGAGAGCAGCGCCAUUGCCGCUUUUGGCAACAGGCACGAGUCGCCUUAGUACGUCAUGUCCAUCUCUCUGUAAAGAUGGCGUUGUUGAGCCGGAGUGCUCUUCACCCACACACUUGGACUUCUACCCGCAGAGUAGGAAAGGAAGCUGCGAGUCCCGGCAAUGGGGUGGCUGGGACAGACGCGACGAAGGAAGACGCAGUUCCUGGGCAGCGCUCGAACCCGGAGCAAGAUUACAAGACACACCGAGGCAGCGUGCUCUAAAUGGCCACAGCGCUUCCCUGUCGUCCAUGGAGUCGGAGGGCGAAGUACCGAGGCCGGUGCGACACUCGACGCACUCCUUAAACGACAAUGAUCUCGCAAAGGAGUUCGAGAAGGUGACGGCGGCGCUCCGCGCGGCGGGCGCGGCGGGCGCGGCGGGGGCCCGCCUGGCGCCGCGCCUGCCGCUGCAGAAGUCCGUGUCCACGCCCAGCAUCGUGGCCGCCGUGCACCCCGCGCAGCCGCCGCCCGCCGCCAACGCCUUGUCCACGGGGGGUGCGAGCGAGACGGAAAGUGACGAGGACGCGUCCGCGCCGGCCCCACAGCUACCGGGCCGACGGACCAAUAACACGGACCUCGGCUUACAUCGGCUGGCUUUCUUGGAACAAGCGACGUAUGAUCAUCACGCUGAAAAGCGACGAAAAAGGGGCAGCUUAUUCUUCAGAAAGAAAAAGGACAAGUCGCGCAAGGCCGCGCACUCGUGGCAGGCGGCGCCGCCCGCCGGCCACUGCGACUGGUGCGCGCGCGCCCUCGCCGACGCGCCCGCGCUGCGCUGCGACCAUUGUACUAUGACAGUGCACCAAAAUGUGUGUAAAGACUACAUCGUGGAAUGCAACAAACCUAAAUCUUCCAAGACUUCAGUGGGUAAAUCUCUGACAACCAGCAGUGGAAAAAGCAGCAAAAGGAGUUCCGUGUCCGGACAAUCGCAAAAUUCAAAUAGCACGAGUCACAUUUACAACGAUGAAAAGGACGGAUCAGAUCACAAGCAUGAUCAGAGCAAUGCAUCCGAUGAUGCGGGAGCGACAGAGUGGCCGGAGGUGUAUAUAACUCCAGACCAGCUCGGUGAAGAGGCUAUAUUACUGGGGCUGGGGGCUUCGGAGCCUGAUACCUGGGCGGCAGGGGCACCCAAAGGACUCGCUAAGUCAAUCGGCGAUAGAGAGACGAAGCGACAGGAGCAUAUAUAUGAACUUAUUUUGACAGAAAAACAUCAUUGUCUUACAAUACGACUUAUGCAAAAGAUGUUCGCGGAGGGCAUGUCGCGGCUGGGCGGCGUGUCGGAGGCGCAGGUGGCGCGCAUGUUCCCGCGCCUGGACGAGCUGUGGGCGCUGCACGCGGCGCUGCUGGGCCGCCUGCGCGCGCGCCAGCGCACACAGCCGCGCGUCGCCUCCGUCGCCGACAUCCUGGCCGACACCUUCGCGCCGCCCGCGCACCACCGGCUCAAGGCCGCGUACGGCGAGUUCUGCGCGCGACACCGCGACGCGGUGGAGGUGUUCAAGGAGUGUUGUGCGCGCGAGCCGCGCCUGGCGCGCUUCAUACGAAAGUGUCAGCAGAACCCGCUGCUGAGGAAGAAGGGUGUACCUGAAUGUGUGCUAUUUGUAGCACAGCGACUCACGAAGUAUCCGUUGUUGUUGGAGCCAUUACUAAAGACAGCAGGAGAUGACGUCACAGAGAGAGAACUACUGCAGAAAGCUCUGUGCGGCGUCAAGGAAAUAUUAGUGGAUGUAGAUAACCAAGUAGCAGCUAAGGAACGAGAGGACCGGAAGUUAGAAAUAUACCACCGUAUCGACGCUAAAUCCUUCUCAAACUUCCGGGGGAGGAAAUUUAAGAAGAGUGAUAUACUUCAAGGCAAUAGGAGCCUAAAAUUUGAGGGUGUAGCAACAUUGAUGCAGGGACGGAGUAAGAUGCAAACAUUGCUUGUGAUAGUUUUAACGGAUGUGUUGUUUUUCUUGCACGACAACAACAAUAAAUAUACUUUCUUCACACCAGACAACAAAACGGGUGUGGUGUCCUUGUGGAAGCUACUGGUGCGCGAAAAGGCCGGAGCAGAGGGUCGUGGCCUGUACCUCAUCUGCAACGGGCCGCCCGAGCCCGAGAUGUUCGAGCUGCGCGUGCACCGCCCCAAGGACAUCGCGCACUGGAUACACGCCGUCAGAGCUGCAGUACAAAGUUGCCCAGAGGAGGUAGAAGAGAUGGAAGCGGGUCUGACGGCUACCUCUGCGGAGGAGAGGCAGAGGCAGCUUGAAGCGAGGCACGAGAAUAUAAGACUGAUAACAGAGGCUUUAAGGGCUAAAGACAGAGAGCACGCUCAACUUCUAGAAGAGAAAAUGGCUUUACACAUGAAGAUGGUGGGUCACACGGGAUCUUCUACACUAGACGUACCUAACACAGGCGGGUCAUCACACUUAUUCCCGGGCGGGCUGGUGUUCCCGGAGUACGUCCGGUUGGCCGCGCCCUCGCCCCACACGCAUGCGCUAUGGCAAGAGGUCUGCAAGGUCGUCAAGGAUGCGUUGGAGGCGUCCAGUGCGGGCUGGUCCAUGUGGGCGGGGGGCGGGGCGCUCGGCCGCUCCACCAGCUCGGCGGGGGAGCGCCACUCCUCCACGUACCAGAGCCCCGCCCUGCCGCGUCGCGCGGACACCUUCGCGGGCUUCGACGCGCAACAGCAUCGCGGUGUAGCAGUUCGACUGUCAGCAUCAGAUACACCCACUACGGAGGGUGGAGAGGGGGAAGGUCGCGGAGAGAGUGAUCUUCAGGCGAAGAUCUUCAGGGACGAAGCCGAUGCGGCACUUAAACUACAACAUGCUAUAUACACCCUCGCUUGUAUAGUUUGGCAGCAGCUCACUACAAUACACAGCCUAGAGGCGCAAGUGUGCGCAUGGCGAGCUAGCGGUGGCGGGGCGGCGGGAGCGGGGGCGGCGAGAGCCCACGACGCGCAGCUGGAGGAGCUGCGGCACGCGCAGGCGCGCCUCACGGCGGAGCGCGCCGCGUGGGAGGCGCAGCGGGCCGCCGACAACGACGCGCUCGACCGCGAACGGAGACAGCUGCAAGCCGCGAGGAAAGAGUUAGAGGAGCAACAAAAGGACGUAGAACAACAGAGGGAACGACUGUACCGACGACUGGAGCGACUGCAGCAACACGGUGGAUCACAGGAAGAAAUUGCGAGUGUCGGGACGUUGUCGCCUGAUUCGAGUGUCAGCGAUACGAAUAGACGGAAAGAACCAAAGUGGAGAACCAGCCGCGGCUCGUCGUCGUCGGAGAGCGCGUGCGCGCCGCCGCAGCUGCUGUCGGCGCACAACGAGACGCGCGUGGCCGUGCGCGCGCCCGCGCAGCCGGUCGUGAAACAGCAGUUACCACUAAAACUGGCGAGUGGUAAGAGCCAGCAGCCGCCCCCCGGCUACCAUCGCUUGCACGAGUCGCCGAGCGAACAAAGUCAAGGCCUUGUAAUCCACCACACUCGUACCGGAAGCUCCCCUGCGCCGCUCCCAUCGCAGCAACAGUUUAACAACAACAAGGCCACUAGGACAAACACUUACCCCAAGCUACCGGACAAGUUCCGCAUCCGGCCGGCAGACACGCCCACGCACGCGGCCACGCCCCACGCCUCCCCCGCCCCCGAGGAGGAGGUCAUCUACUUCUGA